CACAGGGAUAUUUUGAUAUAUAAAUAUAUAAGAGGUCACUUUGCUUCUGAACAGCUACAUCCAAGUUGAAGACAUCAACGUCGGAGACUUAUUUUCAAAGGCAGAGUCAAGUUUUAAAAAGAUAUUCAAUAUGGCUGAUGCAGACGCAGUGCCCCAGGGCGCUUUGGAUUCUACGAGUAUGCGCAUCGUGUCGUCGGUGGCGUGCAUGUGCUUCUUCCUUUAUCUGGGUCAUAUCAUCCGAGAGAAACUCGCUGUAAUGCGAUGGGCCAUGAUGCCCGCGGCUCUGAUAGGAGGUCUGCUAGCUCUACUUUUUGUUCAGCUAUGUACGCUCGACGAUACAGUGAGUGCUGCUGUCGAAUACGACUGGAUAGUGGGCUGGUCCCAAGUACCAGGUUUCCUAAUCAAUAUCAUCUUCACCACACUGUUCAUGGGGUCCAAAAUUCCAAGUUUGAAGGAAGCCUGGAGAUGGGCCGGCCCACAGCUGGCCUAUGGUCAAAUCCUGGCUUGGGGAAAUUGGAUCGUUGCCUGUGGUCUAACGCCGAUCUUACUUAUGCCAGUGUAUGACACGAAUGAGUUGUUUGGAUCGUUGUUUCCCGUUGGUUUUGAGGGUGGUCAUGGGACUGCCGCUGGGCUCACCGACACAUACACCGAGCUAGAUUUUCCAGAAGGUGGUGAUCUUGCUAUCACGAGUGCCACAAUAGGUAUUCUUUCUGGUGUCAUAUUUGGGACUAUCAUAUGCAAUAUCGGUGACCGCUAUACGUGGACUUUCACCAGUUAUCGCAACACUAGUCGUGAUGAAGAACAAAACUCUUCCAGUGGGGACUUGCCAGUAGUCGAAAGCGAGAGUAAUGCAUCCUUCACGGGAUCUCUUGGUUCUAAACAAGCUGACAAUGCUAAGAGUCUAAAGCCUUUGGGCGAGGAAGCACAAACAACUUCAACGACAGAAUUCAACAUCGAAGAUGAUACUGAAGAUUAUGAUGAUGGUGCUCUGCCAAUGCUUGGUAGAGACUGGAAAUCGUCUGCUGUGAUUGCUGUGGAAAAUCGAGUGCCUGGUUCGUAUCUCACAAUCAGCAACGAUGCGAUCGAUACCAUGGCGUUGCACAUGGCGUUCAUUGGUCUUGCACUUUUGGCCGCUUAUUUCACUAAGCGUGGCCUGAUGGUGAUCGACGGAUUCAUUGAUUCUGAAUAUUCGUUCCUUUCGGGUUUCCCUCUGUUCCCUAUUGCCAUGUUGUGGGGUCUAGUUGUACAAGUGGUAGUAGACAAGUACACUGUUAUCUCUCCUUUGGAUCGAGGCAUGAUGGAGAGAAUUGGCGGAAUUUCGUUGGACUUCUUGGUUCUGUCAGCUAUCGCCACCACUAAAGUAGAAGCAGUUGCUGACAAUCUGUUACCCCUAUCCAUCCUUAUUGUUGUGGGCAUAGCUUGGCAGUUGCUAGCAUUCUUCUUCUUGGGGCCACUCAUGCUGCCUGAUUUCUGGUUUGAACGAGCUAUUGCAGAGCUCGGCAAGAGUUUUGGAACUACGGCUACUGGAAUUAUGCUUCUAAGAAUUGUUGACCCCCGAAGCGAAACACCAGCUAUGAAAGCUUUCUCAUGCAAACAACUUCUACACGAGCCGUUCAUGGGUGGCGGUAUCUGGACUUCCCUGGCCUUGCCCUUGAUCAAGAGUCUUGGGAAUUGGCCUGUGUUUGGCAUCGCCGCGGCCUUCAUAGUAUUCUGGUUCGGCAUGUAUUUAUUCCUAUUCAGGAAGAUGAAGCUGGGACCCGCAGUGCAAUACCGCUUUGUGGCCGAGUACAAUCCCUUAUCGUAGGAGUACCGAUUGAUGUUAUUGACCUGCUGUGUUUCAGCAGAAUCGCGACACUAUAAUUAGCUAUAAGCCCGAGAUUGUAUCUGAGCUUACAUCGUGCUUGCGAGUACCGAUAGUUGGCCGGUGCUAAAGCUACCCUGGGGGCCAACUACUAUUCACUCACUCACAAGUGACAGCGCUCGAUUAAUUACUAUCCAAUAGUCUCCAGUUUAGUUAUCAUACACCAGAUCUAUAUAAAUCAAUUCGAGAAUUCUACCUCUUC